GCAAGUCACCAAAGUUCGAAGAGCAACAGAAACGACUACAUUAAAAAAAAAACAAAAAGAUAAAAAAGGCGGAAAAAACAAUUAGAUAGAAAAAUUCUCUUAUGUGCCACUUCGACGGAAUAAAGCAAAAAUGAGGAUUCGUUCUUACAUUUAUGCUUUGGCGACCGCGCUAUGUAUCAAUUCGAUAUUUGCUUAUAGAAGAUUAAAAGAUAUUAAUAACUUGCACAUUUUAUCGCAGGGCUUCAAUGAGAUAAAACCGACCAACUUCCACCAAAUUCGAUCGAGGGCUAAGUCUGCCGCGCCGGACCAGCUGAACAUUGACAUAGGCGAUUGGACCAUUUACAUAACGCACAAAACACCGUACUACAACACGGAGAAAAUUAAAACCAUCUUAAUUUACUCCAUGACCUACCCGUUUAAGGAGUUGGAAGAGUUUAAAGAAUAUCUUUUUGAGGAUUAGCACCACGUGGAUGGCUCGAAAAAUGGUAGAAUGGAGGCCAUUCUAGAGCAAAAAGUAAAACGCUUGGGGAGUCUACCCCUGCACAAUUAUGCGAAGAAACAACUGGUGGGUGAUGCACAAAUCACGAAAUUGCUUUUUGGACAGAACGCGAAAAGGAGAAAGGAAUAAGCUGCGGAGAAGCAGCUCAACUUACGAAUUCAGCAAAAUGGGGGAAUAAGCGGUCCCCAUUUAAUACAGCGCUUGAAACGCGCCACGUGUGAUUGAAGAGGCCGCUCUACCGUUCUGCAUCCCUUGCGCAUCCGCAACAGCAGAGUGUACACACAUAUAUAUAUACGUAGCAUACACUUCUACACACCUACACGUAUACACAUAUAAAAAACGACCGUGCGUUUCGCCAUUCAUUUCACCUUUAUGUGAUUGCAAAAAUGGUACUCUACACGACAGCGUGUUAGAAAUUACGUGUGUU